AUGAAUGCCCACGAAGCCAGACCCGAUUAUUACGACAUACUCAAAGUACCAGUAUGGGCAGAGACCGAUGAGAUCCGGACGAGCUAUAAACGCCUCGCCUUAGCGCAUCAUCCGGACAAAGAUCCAAACAAUCCCAACGCCACUGCCUUUUUCCAAUCUAUCCAGGCUGCCCACUCUACCCUGACUGAUCCUGCACAGCGCUCGGCUUACGAUCGUGAGGUAUAUAUGGAUCUAGACUUUGCGCUACACAGGUUCCGCGAGAGGAAAAAAGAAAUCAAGGAACACUUGCGCAUUAACAUCCAGAAUGAGGUGGCUCGCCAUAGGGUUAUAGAAUAUGAGAAGCGAACGGAGAGCCCAUCGUGCCCUUCGGCUCGCCGAAUUAAACACGAAGCGGCUUCCAAAAAAUUUAAAGACGUGAUCGUCAUGCAGGAAAACCAGCUAGCAAGUCUCAAAGCAGAGAUAAACAAGAUGAAGGUUACCAUGAAUGCGAUGCUGGCAAGAGGGUACAAGCCGGGCAAUGUGAACUACAAUCACUACGCCAGCACCAACGCAGAAACCCCGCCAGGGCAAGUGGACAACGUUCUAAAAUGCCUCUAUAAAUCGCCAUACAAAGACCGAAAAGACCGAAAUCCCCGGCGAGUGCAGGCUGAUCCUGGAUGCGGAAAGUCGGUGUUGGUAAGACACUUGAUCGACUCUGUUGUUCAGACUACGACGUCCAGAACCGUGUGCUAUUUCUUCUUUAAGGAUGACUUUCCAGACCAGAAGAAUGUGGCCAGCGCUCUCUGCUGCAUACUUCGUCAGAUAUUUAUGCAAAAACCGUCCUUGCUAUCUGAGGCAAUUUUGAAAAGGUUCAAUACUGGUGGAGAAACAUUCAACGCUUCAUUCAGCGAACUUUGGCAGACCUUUCUUCAGGUAGUGGAGGACGAGAAUGCAGGCGAAAUUGUCUGUCUUCUCGACGCAAUCGACGAGUGUGAAGAUCACAGUGACCAGGGAAGGUCUCAGCUUCUCAAAGCGCUAUGCGCGCUGUACGGCACUGAAAGGAGCUUUAAUAUCAAGUUCCUCAUCACCAGUCGGCCUUACGUUGAAAUCCAUCGCGGUCUUCAGCCUCUAGAUAUUCCGGGGUUACCGGUAAUCCACUUGAGCGGAGAAAGCGAAGAUGAGAUGAAGAAGAUCUCUCAAGAGAUUAACGUCUAUAUCGGCGCCAGAGUUCAAGAUAUAGGGCGGAGACUGCAGCUGACACAAAACGAAUGCAGUCUUCUGUUGCAAAGGCUUAUGCAUAUCCCUAAUAGGACCUAUUUGUGGGUAUACCUUACUCUGGAUUUGAUCGAGAGUAGCAUUAAUGUCACCGAGAAGAUGAUACUUGAGGCUACUUCGAACGUACCUAAAACAAUCGACGAGGCCUAUGAAAGAAUACUUUCUAGAAGCUCCAAUACUAGGCAAGCUAGGAUAAUAUUGCAUAUUAUUGUAGCAGCUGCACGACCCUUAACUGUCAAGGAAAUGAAUUUUGCGCUGGCGUCUAGUGAAACCCGCCAGCCGCACCCUGAUAUGGAUCUUGUGCCUGAUGAUCGUUUCCGCGAAAACCUACGGAAUAUCUGUGGUCUCUGUAUCGUCAUCGUUGACUCAAAGGUUUAUCUACUUCACCAGACUGUGAAGGAAUUCUUAGUCAAAAGGAAUAUGACAAAAACCUUGCAGAGUGAAUCUGAUGACUAUGAAUGGAAGUAUUCAAUACAGCCACAAGAAUCUCACAUUAUUCUCGCCAAAAUUUGCAUUUGGCAUUUACUCGCGGGAUCACAGCUCUUGUACGAAUCAACGUCGCAUGCGUGGAGAGAUACUUUUCUUGACUACUCCGCAAAAUAUUGGGUUUCACACUUCCGUGAGAUGGAUAGUGAAGCACAGUCAAUGUUGACAAAGUCAAUCCUGACAAUCUGCGACGAGGAUUCGUUUUGCUGCAAGACGUGGUUUGCUGUUCAUUGGUCCACCAUGCAGACAAACUGCCCUCGAGGAUUCACUACCCUUAUGAUAGCAUCCUAUUUUGGACUUCAUUUUGCAGUUCAGAGUCUGCUAGAUAUGGACGUCGACUUGGACGCCCAAGAUAAGACAUACGAACGGUCGGCGCUCUGCUGGGCCGUAAGGAAUGGCUUUUGGAUGGUUGCUGAACUGCUCAUUAGUGGCCCUCACGAGUAUGGGCGAACCCCAUUGACAUAUGCCAUUUGGAAUGGGGAUGUCGCUCUUGUCAAGUUGCUAUUGAAAGCGGGUGCAAACGUGCACUUGAAGGACACACUUGACAAAACACCAUUAUUCUACGCCUUUUGCAACAAUGGACAUGAAGAAGUUGUGAUGCAAUUGAUCAAGACAGGUAGAGCCAACCUCGAAGCCCGGAACAACUUGGACGAAACGAUUCUAAUAUCCGCUAUUCGCGCAUAUCAUAAGGCAAUAGUGAAGAUGUUGCUCGAGGCGGGGGCAAACCCGAAUGCUAAGGACCGCUAUCGCGAUCCAGCCUUAUUUGUGGCUAUAUAUAGUCAAAAGGCAGCAGUCGAUUCCUUACUUAGCACGGGAGAAGAUUCGAAUGCUCAGACAAACGCUGGCUUCUCGCCCUUGAUACACGCCUCUAUCAUUGGCCAUACGGCAAUAGCGAAAUUUCUACUUGAUGCCCGAGCAGAUAUAAAUGCCCAGACAGAUGCUGGGGCAUCAGCAUUACUGUAUGCGUCUUUCAUGGGCCAUGAGGAAAUAGUGAAACUGCUACUUGAGGCCGGAGCAGACGCAAAGAGUCAGGCAGACGCUGGCGCCUUAGCUUUAAUGCUUGCAUUUAAUGGCCAUUAUUUCUAUGGUACAGCCAUGAAGCUACUCCUUGAUGCAAAGGUGGACACACGCUCUGAGCCUUACUGGCAAUUUCCAGAAGUAUUCUUCAAGAAUCUUAACCGGGGGGGGCAUAGAAGCAUAGUAAAAAUGUUGCUGGAGGCGGGAGCAUACAAAAACAUGCAAACCCCCGACGAUAUCCCGCCUUUUGGCGGACAACACCGGGAUUCAAUGAUGGACUACUUGCUCAGAAUAAGAGCGGACUCACAAACGAUCUAA